AUGUGGCUCCUUCUCCUCCUCCUCCUCCGUCACUCCUUCGCUCACACCGAGUUCGUUGACUUUCAAGAUCAUUUCAGAGUCGUUCUGCAGAACAGAACCAACCCUUGUGAAGGUCCCGUUGAAGUGUACUAUAAUAGCGAGCGGGGCUAUGUCGGAGACAAGUACUGGGACGCGCGCACCGAAGAGGUGGCGUGCAGGAGCACUCACUGCGGCGUUCCGGUGCAGAACUCCACGAGCAACGUCCGCAGAUCCAUGAAACGCAAAGUCUGGCUCAACGAGCUGCAGUGUGCCGGUACCGAGCAGAACCUGUGGGACUGUCCGGGCUGGCCCGCUCCAGGCGUCAGCUUUUACCAGAAAGCUACUGUGAAAAAGAUCAAAUGUUCAAAUAAUGUGAGCAUAAGUCUGAAACAGCACAGGUGUGAAGGAGCUGUGCAGUUUUCCAUGAACGACGAAACUGGUUACAUUUGCAAAGAGAACUUUGGCGAAAACGAUGCCAGACAUCUGUGCGAGCGCCUCGGAUGUGGAGAGUUCGAGAAGAUGCUGACAGCAGAAUGGAUGACCGAGCUGGAUUUUCAACAUUCAAGAAAGAUGAUGCUCAACUGUUCAGGCAUCGCUGAGGUCACUCACCUGUGGCAGUGUGUUCGUCCACCUGUGUCCGUAGCGUGCCAGCGCCCUGCCUCUGUCUCGUGUGAAGGUCACAGGAAACUGCAGCUCAAAGGAAACUCGUCAAAUGUUUGCUCUGGACAACUGGAGCAGUUCAAAAACGGCCAGUGGGAAACUCUGAAAGAAAACACUCAUCCUGAUAAGUGGUGCAAGCAAAUGCACUGUGGCGACCCCCACGACCUCCGUCAGACUAAAGAAAACUUGACAUGCUCAGACAACGUCAGAGUCGUUCUGAUGAACAACAACCAGGAAACCAAAUGUUACGGAGAAGUCUACGUCAACGUGAACGGUACAAACACGGCAGUGUGUGGCUCCGGGUGGAGCGAGAAGGAAGCUGAAAUAGUCUGCAAAGAAUUAAACUGUGGCGCAGUGCUCCCUAAGAAAACGAAACUUAAUCCAGCGUUACAAUCUGGGAUUAUGGAUCAUGUAAAGUGUGAACGUGGUGAGGCCUCCCUGUGGCACUGCAGGGCUAAACGUGGCCACAGAAUAACCUGCUCCACCGUCCCGUACGUGGUCUGUGCAGGAAGUGUGGAUGUGAAACUGGUGGACGGUCCUGGAAAAUGCUCUGGGAGACUGGCAGUUCAAGACGAAGGCCAGUGGAAGCAAGUUAGCUCUGCUGGUUGGACAGACGAAGGUUCAGACAUCGUCUGCAAACAUUUUGAGUGUGGAGAUAAAAGUAGAAGAAACAAUAAGGACAAAUUCAUAAAGGGUACUGGUGAUACCGUGACCAUGACGUGCGAAAAAGACAGUUCUAAAAUAUCCGACUGUAAAAUUAGCCCAAACCCGUCAAGCAAAACCCAAGAUCCUGUGGGAAUAACCUGUGAGGGACACAAAGUUAUAUUUCUGAACGGCCCUGGUUCGUGUUCUGGCAGAGUUGGGGUGGAACAAGGCGACAGAACCUUCUGGCUCUCUGGGUCCAAUGAGACGUGGGACCGAGCUGCAGCCAACACGGUGUGCCAGCAGCUGCACUGCGGGGAAGCUAAAACCUUUGGGUCAGAACCUUACAGUGACACCGACGUAUGGAAGGAGUUUUACAGCUGCUCGCCCAACGACAAGUCUCUGUUCGAUUGUCACAAAACUGCUCCUCCACCUGACUCCAACCGCACUAUUGCCAAAGUGACGUGCACAGGUAACGUGAAACUCCCCCUGACAAAUAAAUGCUGGGGAGACGUUCACAUCUCUGCAGCAGGGAAAAGUGGGGGUGUGUAUGCAGAUACCUGGACAGCAGACAUGUCCACGAAGCUGUGUGAAGAACAGGAAUGUGGGGACACCAUCCAAAGCAUAAGCAGCCCGUCGAAGGGAAGAGAUGUCAUCUUUAAGAGUUUGCACGCCAGAAGCCGAACGUCUCCUCUGAACCAGUACAGCUUCGUGAAAAUAGACGACAACGCGAAGAUCAAAUCCAAAAAUAAAGCCUAUGUUGUCUGCAAAGACAGCGUCGAGGUCAGAUUCUCUACGACUCGGGACAAAUGCUCCGGUAAUAUUCAGAUACUUUAUGAGGGCAGGUGGCAUCCAGUGCUCAAGAGUUCUCUUGAAAAUACUCAAACUCGAAACGCCAUCUGUAAAGAGCUGAAGUGUGGCAACGCUCUCGCCGUUAAUCCCUACUUUGGACCGGCACCAGCUGAGGAUCAUGUCAUCAGCAUAACAGAGUGUCGUAAAAAUAAUUUUUCAUCUUGUCAAAUAACUCCAGAGAACGCAGCAGCCUCACGUCAGCUGGGAGCGCUCCACUGCUCUGGCUGGAGGAAGAUGGCUUUAGAAGUUGAUUACGCCUGUAAAGGUGAAUUAAGUGUUUACUCCAAAGGAACCUCUGAAGACAAAAGAAGUGUCGUUUUCAGCCAAGACUGGCAAGAAGCUGAGGGGAAGAGGCUCUGCUUGGAUAUGAACUGUGGCAACUUCAAGAGAUUUACAGAAUUUCCUUUGGAAGCGUCUGAGACGGUCUGGAACAAAACCUUUACUUGUUCUUCUAACGCCACCAACAUCUGGGACUGUGAAAAAGCAGCUGCUCCCACAGAGCAGAAAAAGCUCUACAUCGAAUGUGGCGUUGAGCCGAAUGUCAGUCUUUCAAAACCGUGCGCCGGAGUGGUGAGUAUAGACGGCGUCCCAGUGUGCGACCGGCAGUGGAAGCUUGAAUAUUCACACAGGGUUUGUCAACAACUGAACUGCGGCAAUGCCAUCGAGGGACUUUUGGAAAGUAGACCUGCUUCGAACAAAGAAUCUUACCACGUCCGCUGCGAUGAGCACAAUUACAUCAUCGGUCAGUGUCACAGAGUCAAAGGACGGUGCCAGAACGUUGUCUCCAUUUACUGUACUGGUAACGUCUCGUUCAACACCACGAAAAAGUGCAGCGGUCAAAUAACGAUUAACUACGACGCAAACAGAAACCGAAGGUUGUGCAAAGCCAACGUUUCUGAUGCGUUGCUGAACAACACGUGUCAAAGGAGCGGCUGUGGUUCUUUUACCAGAAAACAUCUGUCCAGCUCAGACAGGAAGGAUAAUGUUGAAGUAAGCCUGCAAUGUCCAAGCAUCUACAGAGACAUGAGGUACUGUGUCAAAAAGGAGGCCUGUGAAACUCCAUCUCCACUCCUCAUUGAAUGUGAAGACUUUGAGUCUGCUCUCGAAGUUAUCACGCAAAAACCAACAAACCCAGUUCCUAUCCUGGUGGGAGUGGGAAUUGUUCUCGUCCUCGUUAUGUUGAUUGUGAUAUUUAUCAGUUAUCGCAUUAUCUUGAGAAACCAGAAAUCCAGAGUUCUGUCAAAUAUGCUGCCACAGCAGGAAGGUGAGUGGGAAAGUGGAGACUAUGAAGUUAUGGACAAAGAAGAAAUCGAAGACUGUAGUCAUGACAGAUUCAGAUCAGAAUCUGAAAUUAAAAGAGACAAAGACGUAGAAAGCCAUGCCUCGCUCAGUUACGACGAUAUCGAGGAGGUGGCUGAAGCUCAGCCCCUGACGUCGCCAGGAUCUACGGAUGCUGCUGCCCCAGAGGAUAAAGUUCCUAACACAAGCGAUGGAAAGUUUUUAACCAAUUUUGUGUCGUACGAAGUGGACGACGCUCAGGAGAACUGUGGCGACAUUGAUGCGAGCCCCGAGCUAGCCCAGACCAGGGCUGAGGUCCACAACAGGGUUGAGACCUCACCAGGAACUGAUGCCGCUGCACCUCAAGACUCUGAACAGAAAGAGGAUUACCUGGUUCCUGGUCGAGAUGGGUGA